ACGAGUGCUCCGUGAAACAGAGGAAACCCGGUGUCCUCACGAAAACGUCAUAUCGUGUCAACUAUUCGUGACGGUCGACCCUGCUCUCGCUCUCUGUCUCUCUCUCUCUCUCUUUCUCUCCUUUGCUGAUUCCGUCUCGCUUCACGUUCGUCUCUCUCCGGCUCGUUUCUCGCUUAUGUAAGAGUGCACACAUUUUGCGUUUAUACCGUGUGUCCCUGGCGCGUAAUGUAGUCGCUCGAUGCAAUUGCACGUGGAUUUUUCCUGAUAGACCCUCCUUCGAUCGUCCCGACGAAUAUCCAUCGAAUCGUGCUCUUUCAGAGUGAUUCGAAGUACCGGCAUCGCUACAAACGGAUGGAUUCUUCUUUGGAUAAAUCGUUUUUUACUGCCCGUGGUCCCUACAGCGAAAGAUUUAAUGUUCGUCCGUAGAAUAAACGAGUCGUUGCUCGUUGCACGCGUGUCGAUCGACUCAUACGAGUGAUUGAACAGGUUUCUCCGUUAACUUCUGAUACGCGUAUUUGGAAACGUUCGUAAGAUCCGAACGCGUCUGCGGAGUCGAGAAAAAUGGUGAAUUCGCACAAAAUGGAGAACGAGAUCGCGCGAUGCGUCGAAAGCGAUUAGCCGUUGAAAGAGGUCGGCAAUAGGAGCAGCGUUUACUCAAUUAAUGCGGCUCGUUGACCCCACUGUAAUUCUCGGACUCUCGCAUCGUCCUUCGACGAAAUUGAUUUACCGGGCAGGCCGAGCGACCGGGCAACCAGCCGCAGAGACGAGCGUCGCAUGUCGGUGCGGCUGACCGACCGAAAACGCGUUCCUUUUUUCCGCCUUUUUCCCCGACCCCCAGACGAUUUUCUUCUCCUGCAAUGCGUCAGCGGAUCUUCUGUACGUUCGAUCCGCGUCUACGUUCUUACGAUCGGUCCAUCGACGACACCGAGGGGUUGCAAAGCGGCGCGCUCGAACGGCUGGUUGAUUCCGACGAUCGUCGACGAGCCGCAAAUAAAUCAGGAGAAAGCAAGUAGCCGCUGUAAGAAUGUAUUCGACGUCGGUGUUCCAGAGUAGUUCCUUUCUUCUUGCAAUUUCACUUUCUUAGGAACUCACAUAGGAGACGUCCAAGUAUUCAUGAAACAUUGGACACCUCGACGAGUGCGAAGGGUUGAAGCGUAAAUAUUCGGCAUUCGUCGUUUGCCUCUUCACGUCUGUCUGAUUCGCUCAUAUCAUUUUUUCCUCAAACCGUCGUCUAUUCGUCGAAGCAUCGAAACUUCGAACCGUUCUCGCUCCGAAUCGGUCUCUGACAUCUUCCGCGACUUAGUCGCGAAGUUCAAAGUCAAAACGCUGUUCUUUUCGAACGGGCCAUCGGAAUUAGCGCGCAUCUUUUCGAAGCAAAACGACGAUUGAACAGACCAACGUCGUCAUGUGCGAUAAAUUGAGAUCUGUACUUCUCGGUCGAGGACUGAUCGCAGAACGGAACGAGCGGACAAUGGACGUACGGUAUCGGUGUGCAGCCGUUUCUAGGCCGCGAUAACGAUUGCGUGAUAUAAGUUCAAGUGCAUCCUGCUGUCGUCCGUCCUCCGGAUCGUUGAUUGUUUCCAGUCGGUCGCGGUGUGAGUUGUGGCAAUCUGUCCACACGUCGCCACGUAAUCGACGAGUUUCUCGAGAUCGAUGAGACCUCACGGACGCGACAAAGAAAAUUCCCACUUAAUUGCCGAUGCAUAAGUAAUCGCGACCGUGCCGCGCUCAAGUAUCGAUUGCCCCCGAGCUUUCCAACCUCGAUCUUUUCCCUCCUUCUUCACCGCGAUAGAAAAAAUUACUCGAAGAGUCGCCCGAGGUCGAAUCAGCAUGCGAUCGCCGCCCGAAAUUGCUCCCUCCGAUGAGAAAUCGUCGUCCCGCCGGUUCUUCGGUUCGGACCGGAAGUCCGAUCCUAUUUUCGACCCCGUCGAAGGGUUUCGAAGAAAUUCCGCGCGCUUCCUCGGUUCUGGUAGCCGGUCCGAAGUUUCGGUGAACGGGAGACGGAUCGGUCGUCAAACGAUCGAUCGAUCCGCGCACGCGGUGAUCACAGGUGGAUUCUUAUUGCUAGCGGAUUCAUUCACCGGGGCCGAACCCGAGGACGAAGGCCGCGGUAGGCACGAGCAAGCGAAUGCACAACGUAUCGAGCGGAAUGCGCUUCGAUUUUCGCGUCGUGGUCGUGACUCAGUCCGAUCGUUCUGCAUACACGUGUGGACGUCGUCAUUGUCACCUUGCAUUGGCCAUCGACGCGUCCGCUUCCGACCUCCGAUUCCAAUACAUUUCUCCGACAACGUCCGACCGUUUCGCUACCGACAGGCACAACGUGCGAGUCGAACGAUUUUGGUAAACGUAGGAACGACCGUGGGAUUGAACUGAAGUUUGAGAAGACGCGAGUCUGUCGAACUCGAGACACAACCAACUUUCGAAACGAUGCGCUACACACGAGACCCAAUGGUCGAAAUGAUCUGGCUUCCUCACUGCUCGAUAUAAAUACACGGCAGCGAGUUUCGGAGAAAAUUGGUGCGAACCGGACUGGGCGAAGGUUCGAAGUUCUGUUAAAAGCGCGUGACGCGACCCGUUGGAGAGUCAUCCUCCGAUCCGAGGUGCUAGCGAACGGACGAGCGAACCCUCCUCUGCCCGUGGAUCGGUUCAGGGUCAAGGCGACGGGCGGGGUCAAGGUCGAAGUAGCGAAGGGUUCGACUCCGUUGGAAGCGUGAGACCGCGGCGAUCGACGCGGUGCCAUUAUCCAGAGGUGAGGAUCGGAUGUGGAGGCUGGGCCUGUUCACUGCCGGAGGAACGGUAGCAACGGAGGUAUCCGCGUUUCGGAACGCUCUGGCGCGCGGGUGGCCGUAUUGGAUGAGCAGGGGUGACCGUCGGUGAUGGACAAUGAGCAGCCGCAUCAGGAACUGGUCAAGUGCGUGGUCGUCGGCGACACGGCCGUUGGAAAGACCAGGCUGAUCUGCGCCAGGGCCUGCAACAAGCACGUGUCGCUCUCGCAACUCCUGACGACUCACGUCCCCACCGUCUGGGCCAUCGACCAGUACAGGAUUUACAAGGACGUGAGUCUUCUUCCGCUCGCCGACGAUCUCGUCCGUCGUUUAAAAAUCGCUUUUGCCCGACAGGUGUUGGAGCGAUCCUGGGAGGUAGUCGACAACGUGAACGUCUCUCUGCGUCUAUGGGACACGUUCGGCGAUCACGAGAAGGACCGUCGUUUCGCGUACGGCAGAUCGGACGUCGUGCUAUUAUGCUUCUCGAUAACCAACCCUGUUUCCCUGCGGAACUGCAAGGCGAUGUGGUACCCAGAGAUACGACGAUUCUGUCCGCAGACUCCAGUACUGUUGGUCGGAUGUAAAAACGAUCUGCGUUAUAUGUACCGAGACGAGACUUAUCUGAGUUAUUUCCGUGACCGAAGUCCGUUCGUAAGGGCUACGAGGAAAAGCGAUUUGGUGAUGCCCGAUCAAGCUCGCGCCGUCGCGAGGGAACUCGGCGUUUGCUAUUAUGAGACCAGCGUCUUGACUUAUUACGGCAUCAACGAGGUCUUUGAGAAUUCGAUACGCGCUGCCCUGAUCGCGCGGCGCCAGCAACGAUUCUGGAUGACCAACCUGAAGAGGGUGCAGAGGCCUCUGCUUCAGGCACCGUUCUGUCCACCGAAACCUGUCCCACCAGAAGUGUGCCUGGCGUCGAGUACAUAUGAGGAGAACAUGAAAACGCUGUGGACGAGGAUGGUUCACACGGACGUGACUCUGAUCGCUGGUAACUGUACGUUCGCGGCUCACAGGUGCUUUCUGGCCGCUGCGUCGCCGGCGUUCCAUCGUCUCUUCUCCAUGGAACUCGUUCAAGAGCAGACGCCGCGGAGCUCCAGCGAAUCCAGCAUGGUAUUCACGACGCGACGCUACGCGACCGUCUCUCUCGCGUCGGGAGACGAUCAGAUUCAAGUGUCCGUUCUCUCGUUCAAGGUGAGCACGUUCGGCGAAGCGACGGUGGGCGACUUCAACGACGACACCGAGUGCCUGAUUCGUAUCGAUCAAUCGAAACCCGCGAAAGUCUGGGAGCAACUCAAGCGGCGUUCGAGCUUUCAAGUACUGCCUACGGUGGACAGCCAGAGGAAGUCGGCCGGUGCGACCAGAGAACUCAAUCAUCCUGCCUUCCAAAACAUUCGCGUAUGCCUGACCGAGAGCACGAAUGGGAUGCAACAACCGACGACCGUGGUCACGCUGUCCAAGUUGAUCACACCGCAGGCGUUGCAGCAGUGCUUGCAGUUCAUUUACACGGGCAGUUUGGAUAAACGGUAUCAUGAUCUACAAACAGCUCCUAUCGGGCUUCUACUGGAAAUUAGGCAGGCGGCAGAGUUCUUGGAGCUACCGCAGCUCCUGAUGGUGCUCGGGAAUUUGCAGAGCCAAAACCAGUUCAACAACGAUCUCAACAAUCGGUACAAGCACGUGGUGAGGCAACGACUGGAGGAUAUCUGCCUCGAACAAGGACUGUUCGCCGACGUGGUGUUCGAACUGGACGACGGAAGCGUCCCAGCUCACAAAGCGAUUCUCACUGCCCGCUGCGACGUCAUGAAGGCCAUGUUCUCCGGCGAUUUUCGCGAGAGCAGCGCAAAAGUGAUAGUGUUUCCCGGCGUGCGCGAGUACACGUUCCACAAGCUGCUCUGCUACCUCUACACAGACGAGGUGCCGGCGAUCUCAUCCGCCAGGUGCUUGAACCUGUUGGAGCUGGCGAACCGUCUCUGUCUUCAACGCCUAGUGAAUCUCGUCGAGAGCAGAGUGGUCGAGGAUCUCGAGAGACUGUCUCAGAACGAAGGAAACGAGGCCGUGGAGAACUGUCUCAGGCUUCUAGAGCCGUGCAAGCUGCACAAUGCCGAUCAGCUGGCUGACUGGUGCAUGAACCACUUGUGCGUGAAUUACAACAAGUUGUGCAAGAUGUCUCCGCGAAGCGUGCGCCUCUUGCAUCCGGAGAACCAGGAAUAUCUCAACGAGCACCGAUGGCCUCCGGUCUGGUAUUUAAAAGACUACGAUUACUAUCAGAAGUGUCUCGCGGAACGGGACCGCGAGAACAAGCCGACGUUGAAGAGGAACCGGAAUCAAUCCGGUUGCCUGUGCUUCUCCGGUACCAGCAAGGCCAGAAGGGAGAGUUCGAGUAACGGCGGUAGCGGUGGCGGCAGUGGCGGCGGCGGUAGUGGAACCGCGUCGUCGGCGAACAACGAUCCGCAAUCCGAGCGACCGCUGUUCGAUUCGAUAGAAUCCGGUGAACAGGUUGUAUGACAAGAGCCUAGCGGCUUACGCCGCUCCAUUCGCUUCGUUCUGAUCCUACCCGUGCUCAUGGUCUUCAUAUGCACCAUUUUUACUAUUUUGAUACUGCUACAAAUUUAUACUUAAGAAGAAACGCGGAACGCCGAAAAACGCGAUCUACUUGCACACACAAAGCGUCCAACGAGCACGGAGGACGUAAAGAGAGACCGGGAACCGGGUUCUUGUCCAUUGGGAGAAACGAAUCCCUCUGUUUCCCGGCACUUUUCCCCGUUUGUUUCCUCUUCUAGAAGAAGGACGUCCAAUCCGAGAAGGGACGAUGCGAUGCGUCGUGGCUAGGGCGAGCGUACAGCGAGAUCGUUGGGAUCAGCCAUCGCGUCGGUGUCUCGUUCCCUGUACGCGUCGCCUAUGCUCGUCGCCAAAGGAAAUCGAUGCUUCUCGUACGAUCUCGGGGACAGAAGAGAGAUCAUGGGGGACGUAAUCGUUCAUACGAAGGAGGAUGACUGAGACGCGUAUCUUCUGGUUUCACGGGCGUCCGUCGUUUCUGUUCGAACAAAACGAGAUCGUGCCUUCCGUCGACGACUCGUCGUUGCCACUGCGUCCCUGAAACGGGCCGUCGCCGAUCACCUUGGCCACGUUUCAACUUUUCUUUCCCCGCGAUCGUGACGAUCGCGAAGAGCACGAGCUACCCUGAGUCACUUGCCUGCAAACGCGGAUACUUUCGGACUCUCGUCCACUUCGGCGACGCUGUCCCGAACGAAUUCCGCAAACGUUGGAGUAGAGACGGAUCGCGUGGACCGGAAGAAUGUAUCGGGCCAAGAGAAGAGGAAUGAGAAAUACCGAACUACUGUUCAACCGUUCGAGUUCGCUUCGCGAUCAAUUUUGAAGACGCAUCGAAACCGAAGUGCAUUUUCUACGGAGUCAUCGCGCGUCUAUGUGUUUUAAGGAUGUCCCAAUGGAUAUUUAUACUUUGAUAAUUGUAUCGCGUGUAAUUGUACCAGUUCCUCCUGUCCGAAAUUUCAUUUGACUCUUCGAAAGAGAGAGAGAGAGAGGAUGUGGGACGAAGAUUCGAUUCGGGACGAUACACCGAACCGAACGGAGACCGACGAAUCUCAAAUGAAAACGGUAAGCGAUGACGAACGAUCGCCGUACUUUUAUCGACGCGUGUCAGACUGAAAGAAAACCGAGCAAUAGUUAAUAGUCUAGUAGCGCGUAACGACGACCGAAAAGGGAACGCGGUACACGCAGAUCUGUAAUGCGUAAGACUGGAUCCGUACUGUCCGUAUCGACUCCGAUACGAAUCCAGUGCGGAUCCUGCAUAAAGGAUAAGUAUAAUAAUAAUAAGUAACUAUUAACAUAAAUCGCCGCGAAUUUUUACAUCGUUUGUACAGCAUCGGACGCGACGACGGGCUGCUGCGAAAUACAUUUCGUCCGUCGAGUCGUCGACACGGCCGGCUGGAUAUGACGAGAUCAUAACGACGGUUCCUUCGGCCGCGGGGGGAUCUAUCGUAUUUGUACUAUUUUUUAACAAGCCGUCGCGGCGGGGCUAAUCGUAAGUAAGAAUUAUGCUGUUCGCCUGAUCGUGAAUCGCCAUUAAAACAAUGGGGACACGGACACGUGCAGUUCGAUCGACGCAACGUCCAAUAAAUAACUGCAACAUAUCGAUCACGGUAAUGGGUCACUGGUAGGACUUAUCAAUUCGCGAUUACAUCGAAUCGAAGAAUAGGGUAAUCGAACAGCCGAAAGAAAUCGAGCGCAGCGUAUCAAUCGCGUUGACGACUGUGCGACACAAUUUUAUUAUCGAUAUUAAUGAAGAGCGCGUACGUGGGGCUUGACGUUCGACACGGUCAUCGUCGGGUCGUCUAUUGUACGUGUGUGUAAGAACGAAUACGAAUCCUCACGCAUGUUCCAUGUACGUUCCACUUGCCGACUUGUACUUCGCGAGGCACAAACGUCGAUCCUCGUGCGUCGAACAACCGUGAUCGGGCAUGAAACGACCCCUUGUUUCGAACACGAUCAAAACUACCUGGCCGCAGGUAUUCAAUGAUUAUUCGUUAGAUCGUCCUUUACCGUGAUCAUCGAUAUCGUGCAUCGUCAUCGUUGCGCAAUGAAAGUAUGUUCGGACGCGUUCUGGUCGCGACCGAAUGAAUGGGAUCGAAGAAAACGAAUGAACGAGAAACACGCGGAGAACCUGAGCGUACUUGGAAUCAUUCUACCGACCAUGUGACCGUAGAUCUCGUACGCAGAGAUUAUUCUUAUCUCCGAACCUGGAAAGGAACACGUUUCCUGUGUUCGAAUCAAAAUCGAAUCGACACUAAACGAAAGGAACGAAGACGUUUGAAAGAUACAUUACUGCCUGAGGUCGAAGAAACGAACCGACGCGCGAGGAGACGAUCGAAACGCGAGAUGAGUAUGCCUGUUUCGACGAGGGUGAGAAUAACGUCCCACUUGUACGCUACGUCAAUUUUAAUGUCAAUGUUGAUCCUUCGUCGCUCCUAAAUGUAUAUUUUAUACUGAAACCGGUAACCGUAGAAUUAAGGACAUAGAUCAUACGAUACGAGGACAGAUGUAGCGCGGUAGGGGGUCGGACACGUUUGUUAUUAGUUAUGCAUUUUACGUUAGUCAGAAUUUUUCUCAUCGAGCCGUCUCAGAGGGCUGUUCCAAAACGAUUCGCCAACGAUUUCUGUACGCGCGUCACAAAACACCACCAAUCUCCUACAUUCAGUUCUAUUUCUCUGACCGAAGUGAGCGAGUACUUAUACAGAAUCCGAUUUGAAUUCGAUAGCAUCCGGAGCUCGCGAUCGCGACUCGCCUUUUGAAUCGUACGAACUACAUGUACAUUGGUUUUAAUCGUUACGACCGAAUUUAAACUCGAACUGGUUGGACCGCGUCAAGGAUCUAUAUAUACAUAUACGAGCCGGCUGUCGGGCUAAGGAAUCGUCGAGUGAUUUCCAACUAUUUCAUAAUGUAUCACGAGCGUUCCCGAUCGCUGACGGGCGUUCAAAUUCUUUUCACGAUUCGACGCACCACGAAAGAUUCUUCUUAACAAUAUAUUCCCGUUUCGAAAUUUAACAAGAUCUUGCGCGUGCACCGUUUACUUUACAAAUUUCUCAACUAAUUACAUUUUCAUAUCGUUCAAUUUUUCUAUCGUCUCGAUUAAUCGACGAUCCACGAUCGAUCGAUCACGUAUUACUUUCAUUGUUCUUCGCGUCCGCGACACGCGCCACGCGCCACGCGCCACGCGCCACGAUUCAAUUAAAUAUUAAUACUAUGACGGACGGCAAGCGAUUAAUAUUAUCAGACUUCGAUACGAACGUCAAAGUCUUUUGUAAUUAUCCGUAGGAAUUACGUUCAUCGGCAUCUCGAGAAUCACGGAGAGCGGAAAUAAAAAUUUCAAUGAAACGAACACGAACCGAUCGUUCCCAGUUCGUUCGGUCUCGGCCGACGAUCCAAAGUGUUUUUCGGACGUCAUCGACGAUGACCGAUUUCAUCGAAACGAAUCGAACGUCCAUGUUCGGACUUCGUUUUACCCGCACCAUCGAAAUAAAACCAACCCUGUGACCUGUA